AUGAAUUUUAGACACGGUGAAUGUCCCUCGAAUGUUCAAAUCAACCGAUUCAUUCGAAUAUGUUCAGAUUUUCUUCGCAUACACCCAGGUCGAAAAAUUGCCGUACAUUGUACACAUGGAUUUAAUCGAACUGGGUUUAUGAUUUGUGCCUAUAUGGUCCAAGAACUUGGUUGGUCAAUUAGCCUAGCAAUUGAUCAUUUUAGUAAAUGUAGACAACCUGGUAUCUAUAGGCAAGAAUACAUUGAUGAAUUAUUACGAAUGUUUGCUGAUGAAGAUGAUGAUUUCAAAACAAUUACUGCUCCACCAAAACCCGAUUGGUCUAGAGAUGAAAACCAUCGAACAACAAUGUCUUCAAGAGGAGGAUUACCACCUCGUUGGAAAAAUUGUCCAAGAUUCGGCGAAGUUGUGGCCAAUACUUUCCUGCCGUUCAAAGUUCCUCUUGAUGAUUCUUUUAGUUCAUUAUUAGCUCCGACUAUGUAUUUUACGCCGACAAUGCUAGUUAAUUAUGGACGAGAUAAUAAUAUUAACAUCGGUCUAUGGAUCGACCUGACAUAUACGGAUCGAUUUUAUGAUAAAACAUUGGUUGAAAAAGAAAAAAUUAGCUACGUUAAAUUGAAAUGUAGAGGUCAUGGAGAAACACCAUCGCCUGAACAGACACAGACAUUUAUUGAUUUGUGCUCAAGAUUUUCGGUUAAAAAUCCCGAUAAAAUAAUUGCUGUGCAUUGUACGCAUGGUUUUAAUCGCACAGGAUUCUUAAUUUGCGCCUAUCUAGUUGAUCAAGAAAAUUGGAGCAUCGAAGCAGCUAUUAGUGCAUUUUCACGUUGCCGUCCUCCCGGUAUUUACAAACAGGAUUACUUGAAUGAAUUGUUUCGUCUAUAUGGUGAUGGCGACCAAACGGCCAUAAUUUUGGCACCACCCUUACCCGAAUGGUGCAAUGAAGACGAUCAAUAUCAAGACGAUGAAGCUUCGGUCUAUGAAUCGUACGGCCAAGGAUCAUCGACAAAUGGCAACCGGCAACAGAUAAACGCAGGUGAUCCGUUUCUUGAUGGCAUUGAUGGUAUCGUUAUGGUGGUUGAACAGGAUAAAAUCAGAACCUUGAGAGAAACCUGCACAGAUAUGUGCAAAUUUAAACUAAAAGGUUUCCCCGGUUGUCAACCUGUUUCGUUAACUCAUCAGAAUAUAAAUUAUCUUCAAGAAGAAUAUAUGGUUAGCUGGAAAGCCGACGGUAAUCGUUAUAUGAUGCUCAUAUUGGAUUCCAAUCAGAUGUAUUUUUUCGAUCGAAAUUAUUCCAUUUCUCAGAUAUUUAAUCUAAAUUUUUUGCGCCGUAACUCAAAAGAACGUUUAUCGGAAACGUUAUUGGAUGGGGAAAUGGUUGUCGAUGUAGUCGAUGGGAAGCGCUUUCCCAGAUAUCUAAUCUAUGACAUUGUCUAUUGUGAUGGACAAGAUGUAUCCGAAAAAAAUUUUCGUGAACGUUUGAACAUCAUUUACAAACAGGUCAUUACGCCUCGUGAAGCAGCCAAACGAAAUGGACAGAUUGAUCGCAGUAAAGAACCAUUUGGAGUACGAAUGAAAGAUUUUUGUGAGCUAAAAUAUACGUACAAAUUUUUUGAGCCAAAAUUUCAACGAGAUUUAUCACAUGAGAUCGAUGGUCUAAUUUUUCAGCCAGUUCAUUUACCAUAUUUAGCUGGUCGUUGUGAUCGAGUGCUAAAAUGGAAACCACCGACACAUAAUUCAGUAGAUUUUUUACUGAAAAUCAUCGAAGAAACGCGACCUGGUCGAGUGGAAAAAUACAUAGGCCAAUUGUAUGUCGGUGGAAAACGGGAACCAUUCUCUCACAUAAAUGUUACUCAAGAAUUACGGAAAUAUAAUAAUCGUAUCAUUGAAUGUCGAUUCAAUAUGCAACGAAAUUGUUGGGAAUUUAUGCGAGAACGAACUGACAAAUCUUUUCCAAAUGCUCUAUCGACGGCAACAAAUGUUGUUUAUUCGAUGCAGUAUCCAAUCACAAGGCAAUAUCUACUCGAUUAUCUACAUAAAAAUGGCUUUAAAUAACAAAUGACUUCAUUCACAAUUUCCGUUCAUAAAUUUUUCAUAAUCAUUUUGAUUCGUUUCAUUAUCAAACAUCAAUUUUUUCGUUCAUUUAUUCUCAUGUGUGAUAUUCAUUCCAACAUAAAAAAUUUUUUCAACCAAUCUAAUUGUAUU